AUGGAGGUAACUUUUUCUCUAGUUCUCUCCUGCUCUACUCCCCUUGAAGCUCUCGCCUCCUUUGCUUUUCUUGUAGCUCUCUCCUUCAUAGCUCUCUCCUCCUCUGUUUCCCUUUUAGCUCUCUCCUCCUCUGUUUCCCUUUUAGCUCUCUCCUUCUCUGUUUCCCUUUUAGCUCUCUCCUCCUCUGUUUCCCUUUUAGCUCUCUCCACCUCUGUUUCCCUUUUAGCUCUCUCCACCUCUGUUUCCCUUUUAGCUCUCUCCUCCUCUGUUUCCCUUUUAGCUCUCUCCUCCUCUGUUUCCCUUUUAGCUCUCUCCUUCUCUGCUUCCCUUUUAGCUCUCUCCUCCUCUCUCUCUCUCCUCCUCUUCUCCCCUCCCCGUAGCUCUCUCUCCUCCUCUUCUCCCUCCCCGUGCUCUCUCCUCCUCCUUCUCCCUCCCCGUAGCUCUCUCUCCUCCUUUCUCCCUCCCGUAGCUCUCUCUUUCCUCUUCCCCUGUACCUCUCUUUCUCCUCCUCUCCUCCCCAGCUCUCUGCUCCUCUUCUUCUUCUCUUCUCCCCUAGCUCUCUCCUCCUCUGCUACCCCCCCCUGUAGCUAUCUUUCCUCCUCUCUCUCUUCCUCUGCUUCUCUCAUAGCUCUCUCCUCUCUCUACCCAAGAAAGCUCUCUUGGGGAUUCUGUCGUGCGCCUCCAGACUCUCUUGGGGAUUCUGUCGUGACGCCUCCAGACUCUCUUGGGGAUUCUGUAUCGUGUCGCCUCAGACUCUCUUGGGGAUUCUGUAUCGUAUCGCCUCCAGACUCUCUUGGGGAUUCUGUAUCGUAUCGCCUCCAGACUCUCUUGGGGAUUCUGUAUCAGACGCCUCCAGGCUCUCUUGGGGAUUCUGUGUCGUGUCGCCUCAGGCUCUCUUGGGAUUCUGUGUCGUGUCGCCUCCAGGCUCUCUUGGGGAUUCUGUGUCGUGUCGCCUCCAGGCUCUCUUGGGGAUUCUGUAUCGUGUCGCCUCCAGACUCUCUUGGGGAUUCUGUCGUGCUCGCCUCCAGACUCUCUUGGGGAUUCUGUGUCGUGUCGCCUCCAGACUCUCUUGGGGAUUCUGUGUCGUGUCGCCUCCAGACUCUCUUGAGGGAUUCUGUGUCGUGUCGCCUCCAGACUCUCUUGGGGAUUCUGUAUCGUAUCGCCUCCAGACUCUCUUGGGGAUUCUGUAUCGUAUCGCCUCCAGACUCUCUUGGGGAUUCUGUAUCGUAUCGCCUCCAGACUCUCUUGGGGAUUCUGUAUCGUAUCGCCUCCAGACUCUCUUGGGGAUUCUGUAUCUGUCGCCUCCAGACUCUCUUGGGGAUUCUGUAUGACGCAGACUCUCUUGGGGAGUCUGUAUCGUAUCGCCUCCAGACUCUCUUGGGGAUUCUGUAUCGUAUCGCCUCCAGACUCUCUUGGGGAUUCUCAAGAAAGGUACUUCCACCCUUGGUCCCUUCCUGUAACACCCACCCCGUCACUCUAUCACUUUCCUAUGCCUCAGUGAAUCGUAUUUCUCCCCCACCCUCUGCUGCUUUUUCUUCUUUUCUCAUUAUUACAGGCCUCCCCCCUCAUUCUUUAAAAACAAACGUCCUGCUCAGUGUUAUCAAUAACCCUUUUUUUUUCUCUCGCUCGUUCUCUCUCACACCUCGCUACGUGCGUCUGAAUAGACUCUUUCGGGGAUUGGAAUUGUACAAGAGACAGCAAAGCUAUCAAAUUAUCAUUUUCUUUCUUUUCAUUUUCUUUCUUUUCAUUUUUUUCUUCUCUCUCUCUUUUUUUUCUUCUCUCUCUCUUCAUUUUUUUUCUUCUCUCUCUCUUCAUUUUUUUUCUUCUCUCUCUCUCUUCUUUCUUCUGAACGCAUCACAAAGGUUUUUUUUUUUCAUUUUCCUUUCUCUAUCACUUUAUAAAUAUCAUUUUAUUUACUUUUUCUUUCUUUUUUUAUUUUUUCCCAUUUUACUUUUCUUCUUUUCUCAUUUUCUUUUUACUCCCUUUCUUUCAUCUUUUUUAUCCUUUUUUUUUUUCUUUUUUUAUCCUUUUUUUUUCUUUUUUGAAGUCAAAAUAUCCCCAAAUGAUUUGUUUUGA